UAUUGACAAAAUACGAAAAGACUUAUCCGCGUAUGUCGAUCUAAAUGUAAACGUAUAAGAAAUCAGACUUCCUUUUAAAUAAGAUUAGUCAAAAAAAAUCAUGUUACUAGUGUUAAACUGUUAGCUGAAAAACAUUUUCCAUGGCGCUUAAGUGAACAAAGCUUUUGUGUAGAGCUAAAAUAUUUUAAUAUUUCAAAUUUUAUUUAUUAUUCAUAAAUGUCAGUUGUUUCAUUAAAUCGGAAAAAAGUGUCAUUGAAAUGUCUAAAAUAUUAGCUUGAAUGUCAUAGAACCCUACACCUGGACAAGUAUAAAAAGCCCACAAAAUGAGCAAAAUACAGUAUCUGUAGAAUUUCCUCACUCGCCGUGCAACGCGUCUUAAAACACUUCCGAGAAUAGCUCCUAAAGUGAAGGAGAAAAUGUGUGCUUCCAAAAUAUUGAUCCUUUCGAUUUUUCUAAUAAUGCCGUUUUGUUUCAAAUGUGAAGAGCUGUCGGUGGUGAAGAAGGCAAAUAUCUGCUACUCGCAUUUUAAACGAAAAAUCGAAGCUGUGCAAGACGCACAAGAACGUGCAUUUAAAAGCUGCAGUGACAGCGAUUUGUUUUGUGAAUAUAUCGCGAAUAAAGAAUUUUUAUUACAAAAGAUACAAACCGCCCGAGAAUUGGAGUACUGUAAAAGAGCAAAAUGUGAUAAAAGAUUUAAAGCAAUAGGCGAAAAAAAUGUGAAAGACCGACUAAAGCGGGAGUAUUGUAAAAAAUUUAAGGCGGUUGAAAGAACACAUAACACACAUCGAAAACGUAGGAGUGCUACUUACAGCUCGGAAUAUUCCGAGGAAAGUGAUUUGUGGUCAGCGUCAGAAGAAAAGAGUGAGACAGUGAGCGAUUCGGAAUCACUCGAUACGAGCUACAGUGAUUCUUUGCUCUAUAGCGUGUCGAGUGCUGAAUCAAGCGAAUCGGCAUGGCAGUACGCAGAUAGUGGAACAUCAUCUAGUAGCGAAUCAGAGCGUUCUAGCGAUAACGAAUCAUCAGAUUCUGAAUUCUGGAAUUCUUCGGAUUUCGAAAGCGAUGAAAGCUCGCAGUACUCAAGUGAUGAAUUUUCGGAGUCUGAAUCUGAAAUUUCGAAUUCUUCAGAUUCAGAAACUGACGAAACUUCACAGUACGAAAGUGACGAAUCUUCUGACUCUGAAUCAGAAUCUUUGACAUCUUCAGAAUCAGAUAAUGAUGAAACUUCAGAAUAUAAAUCUGAAACGUCUUCAGAAUCAGAAACUGAAGAGUGGCAGGAGUUUCCAUCUCCAUCAAAAACUGAUGAAUCAAGUUCUACCAGUAACAUAUUUACUACAAUCACGCCACCAUCUUGGAAAAUAAAGCCAACAAUUAUCCCCAACACCUUUCCCGGAGAAACCUCUUCAACAAAAAUUUCUGAGACAAUUCAGUUUUCAACCACAACCGAUUCCAUCGCAACCCGUUCAACAUCCUUGCAAACCGAGUCUACAAGUAUACCCACCACUUCUUCCAGGGAAACACCUUCAACAUCUCACAUAACUGAUUCUUCAUCCACAACCGAUUUCAUCGGAACCACUGAAACAUCCAUGAAAACCGAACUAGCAGGUGUUUCCACCACUUCUUCGGGAGAAACUCUAUCAACAUCUCACAUAACUGAUUCUUCAUCUACAACCGAUUCAAUGGCUGUCGCUUCAACAUCCUUGAAAACCGAAUUAACAAGUAUCCCCACCACUUCUUCCGAGGAAACCCCAUCAACAUCUCACAUAAUUGAUUCUUCAUCCACAAACGAUGCCACGGCUACCACUUCAACAUCCUUGAAAACCGAGCCAACAAGUAUGCCCACCACUACUUCCGGGGAAACCUCUUCAACAUCUCACAUAACUGAUUCUUCAUCCACAAGCGAUUCCAUGGCUACCACUUCAACAUCCUUGAAAACCGAGUCAACAAGUAUCCCCACCACUUCUUCCGAGGAAACUCCAUCAACAUCUCACAUAAUUGAUUCUUCAUCUACAACCGAUUCCAUGGCUGUUGCUUCAACAUCCUUGGAAACCGAGCCAACAAGUAUGCCCACCACUAUUUCCGGGGAAACCUCUUCAACAUCUCACAUAAUUGAUUCUUCAUCCACAACCGAUUUCAUCGAAAACACUGAAACAUCCAUGAAAACCGAACCAGCAGGUGUUUCCACCACUCCUUCGGGAGAAACUCUAUCAACAUCUCACAUAACUGAUUCUUCAUCUACAACCGAUUCCAUGGCUGUCGCUUCAACAUCCUUGAAAACCGAGUCAACAAGUAUCCCCACCACUUCUUCCGGGGAAACUCCAUCAACAUCUCACAUAAUUGAUUCUUCAUCCACAACCGAUGCCACGGCUACCACUGAAACAUCCUUGAAAACCGAGUCAACAAGUAUCCCCACCACUUCUUCCGAGGAAACUCUAUCAACAUCUCACAUAGCUGAUUCUUCAUCUACAACCGAUUCCAUGGCUGUCGCUUCAACAUCCUUGAAAACCGAGCCAACAAGUAUGCCCACCACUAUUUCCGAGGAAACCUCUUCAACAUCUCACAUAAUUGAUUCUUCAUCCACAACCGAUGCUAUGGCUACCACUUCAACAUCCUUGGAAACCGAGCCAACAAGUAUCCCCACCACUACUUCCGGGGAAACCUCUUCAACAUCUCACAUAAUUGAUUCUUCAUCCACAACCGAUUCCAUGGCUACCACUUCAACAUCCUUGGAAACCGAGCCAACAAGUAUCCCCACCACUACUUCCGGGGAAACCUCUUCAACAUCUCACAUAAUUGAUUCUUCAUCCACAACCGAUUCCAUGGCUACCACUUCAACAUCCUUGGAAACCGAGCCAACAAGUAUCCCCACCACUACUUCCGGGGAAACCUCUUCAACAUCUCACAUAACUGAUUCUUCAUCCACAAGCGAUUCCAUGGCUACCACUUCAACAUCCUUGAAAACCGAGUCAACAAGUAUCCCCACCACUUCUUCCGAGGAAACUCCAUCAACAUCUCACAUAAUUGAUUCUUCAUCUACAACCGAUUCCAUGGCUGUCGCUUCAACAUCCUUGAAAACCGAGCCAACAAGUAUCCCCACCACUACUUCCGGGGAAACCUCUUCAACAUCUCACAUAAUUGAUUCUUCAUCCACAACCGAUUCCAUGGCUACCACUUCAACAUCCUUGGAAACCGAGCCAACAAGUAUCCCCACCACUACUUCCGGGGAAACCUCUUCAACAUCUCACAUAACUGAUUCUUCAUCCACAACUGAUGCUAUGGCUACCACUUCAACAUCCUUGAAAACCGAGCCAACAAGUAUCCCCACCACUUCUUCCGGGGAAACUCCAUCAACAUCUCACAUAAUUGAUUCUUCAUCCACAACCGAUUCCAUGGCUACCACUUCAACAUCCUUGGAAACCGAGCCAACAAGUAUCCCCACCACUACUUCCGGGGAAACCUCUUCAACAUCUCACAUAAUUGAUUCUUCAUCCACAACUGAUGCUAUGGCUACCACUUCAACAUCCUUGAAAACCGAGCCAACAAGUAUCCCCACCACUACUUCCGAGGAAACCCCAUCAACAUCUCACAUAAUUGAUUCUUCAUCCACAAACGAUGCUAUGGCUACCACUUCAACAUCCUUGAAAACCGAGCCAACGAGUAUCCCCACCACUUCUUUCGGGGAAACUCCAUCAACAUCUCACAUAAUUGAUUCUUCAUCCACAACCGAUUCCAUGGCUACCACUUCAACAUCCUUGAAAACCGAGCCAACGAGUAUCCCCACCACUUCUUUCGGGGAAACUCCAUCAACAUCUCACAUAAUUGAUUCUUCAUCCACAACCGAUUCCAUGGCUACCACUUCAACAUCCUUGGAAACCGAGCCAACAAGUAUCCCCACCACUACUUCCGGGGAAACCUCUUCAACAUCUCACAUAAUUGAUUCUUCAUCCACAACCGAUUCCAUGGCUACCACUUCAACAUCCUUGGAAACAGAGCCAACAAGUAUCCCCACCACUACUUCCGGGGAAACUCCAUCAACAUCUCACAUAAUUGAUUCUUCAUCCACAACCGAUUCCAUGGCUACCACUUGA